AUGACCUCUAUCGUAACACUCACAGCUACGUCAUCUGUGAAACCUAAAACUGUAGCAUCUGAAGUAACUACAGUUACGUCAUCUGAACUGCUUACAGUGACUCUAAAUGUAACACCUACAGUAGCAACAUCUAUAACAUUUACAGGAACGUCAUCUGAAAUGACUACCGCUCUUGCAUCUGAAAUACCCACAGCUACGUCAUCUGUAACAGCUACAGCUGCAACGUCUGUAAAACCUACAACUAUGCUAUCUGAAACUUCUACAACGUCAUCUGAAACACCCACAACAACGCCAUCAGUAAUACAAACUACGUCAUCUGAAACACCUAAACCAACGUCAUCUGAAACUUCUACAAUGUCAUCUGAAACACCCACAACAACGCCAUCAGUAACACAAGCUACGUCAUCUGAAACACCUAAACCAACGUCAUCUGAAACUUCUACAAUGUCAUCUGAAACACCCACAACAACGCUAUCAGUAACACAAACUACGUCAGCUGAAAAACCUAAACCAACGUCAUCUGAAACAUCCACAACAACUCCAUCUGUAAUACCUACAACGUCAUCUGAAACAUUUACAACAACGUCAGCUGAAAAACCUACAACAUCAUCAUCUGAAACACAUACAACGUCAUCUGAAACAACGACAACGUCAUCUGAAACACCUAUAACGUCAUCUAAAACACUUACAGCAUCACCUUCAACACCUUCAACAACGUCAUCUGAAACACAUACUACGUCAUCUGAAGCACCUACAACAACGUCAUCUGAAAAACUUACACCAACGUCAUCUGAAACACCUACAACAACGUCAUCUAAAACACAUAAUUCGUCAUUUGAAACAUUUUCAACGUCAUCUGAAACACAUGCAACGUCAUCUGAAACACAUGCAACGUCAUCUGAAACACAUACUACGUCAUCUGAAACACCUACAACUACGUCAUCUGAAACUCCUACAACUACGUCAUCUGAAACACCUACAACAGCGUCAUCUGAAAUAUAUACUACGUCAUCUGAAACACCGACAAUGUCAUCUGUAACACCUACAACUUCAUCUGUAACACCUACAACUUCAUCUAACACACCUGUAACGUCAUCUGUAACAUCUGCAACUACGUCAUCUCCUGAAACACCUACAGCGUCAUCUGCUGUUACACUUGCAUCUAUGUCAUCUGAAGUAAUUUUAACUACGUCACCUGAAAUAGCAAAAACUCGUACAACAUCGUCAUCUGAAAUUCCUACAAUGUCAUUUAUAACAUCUACAUCUACGUCAUCCGAAACAACUAUAACUGUGUCAUCUGUUACACCUACAACUUUGUCAUCUGAAACACCUAUAACGUCAUCUGCUGUUACAUCUGCAGCGUCAUCUGAAACACCUACAUCGUCUUCGAUAUCUACAUCUUCUUCUUCUGAAACAUCUACAACAUCAUCUUUAUUAUUCACAACUACGACAUCUGAAACACCUGCAACUACGUCAUCUGAAACACCCACAGCGUCAUCUGGUGUAACACAGACAACAACAGCAUCUGAAACAGAUACAUCUACGACAUCUGAAACACCUUCAACUACGUUCUCUGAAACACCUACUAUUACGUCAUCUGAAACAUCUACAGCUACAUCAUCUGAAACACCUACAGCGUCAUCUGCUGUCACACCGACAACUACGGCAUCUAAAAUAUCUACAUUUACGUCGUCUGAAACACCUAAAAUUAUGUCAUCUGAAAAAAUUACAGCGUCCUCUGCUGUAACACUACCAACUACGUCAUCUGAAACAUCUACAUUUACGUUAUCAGAAACACCUGCAACUACGUCAUCUAAAACACAUACAUCUACGUCAUCUGAAGCACCUACAGCGUCAUCUGCUGUAAUAACGAAAACUAUGGCAUAUGAAGCAUCUACAUCUACGUCAUCUGAAACACCUGCAUUUACGUCAUCUGAAACACAUAUAACUAUGUCAUCUAAAACACAUACUGCGUCAUCUGAAAAACCUACAACAGCGUCAUCUGAAAAACCUACAACAACGUCAUCUGAACCACCACCAGCUUCAUCUGCUGUAACAGCGAUAACUACGGCAUCUGUGACACCUGUAACAACUACAGGUACAUCAUCUGUAACACCUUCGACUACGUCAUCUGUUACAAAUGAAAGUACUCCAUUGGAAACACCUCUAACUACGUCCUCUGUUACACAUACAACAACAUCCCAAACUACAACAACUGAUAAACCUACGUUAACUACAUCACCAGUUAUACCUACAACAACAACAACUGAUACAGAACCAUCUUCUAAACCCCCAGAUAAAAGUUGA